AUGGCGACAUUGGAAGAUCGCAAGAAAAGGUUUCAAGAAACUGAACACGAUCUCAAAUACCUUACCACUACUCGUGCGGAAAGAGUUGGAGAAAUUGUGAAAUCUCUAGACAAAGAACGAUUUCUUGUGAAAGGAGACGGUGGAGGUCGUUACAUUGUGAAGUGCUGUAACAAAGUGGAUCAGUCAAAGCUAGUUUCUGGAACCAGAGUUACUCAUCAGAAAGAAUCAUUGACGAUUAUGAGAAUUCUCCCUCCUAUGGUUAACCCAUUGGUUUAUAAUAUGGUGCAUCGAGACCGUGGAGAUGUUAGCUACUCAGAUCUUGGUGGUUUAUCCAAACAAAUCAGAGAUCUUAGAGAUUACGUUGAACUUCCUCUCACAAAUCCUGAACUCUUUCAACGAGUUGGUGUAAAACUUCCCAAGGGAGUACUUCUAUAUGGACCUCCUGGAACUGGAAAGACAUUGUUAGCUAAAGCCAUAGCUAGCAACAUGGAUUCAACUUUUCUGACGGUUGUUUCUAGCGCGCUUGUAAGCAAAUAUUCGGGAGAUAGUUCAUUGUUAGUAAGAGAGAUGUUUAGAUAUGCUCGUGAUCAUCAACCUUGUAUCAUCUUUAUGGAUGAGAUUGAUGCUAUUGGUAGACGUCGUGGCUCCAGAGAAGGAGGAGCAAAAACUAGUGUUCUCAUUGAGCUUCUUUCUCAACUUGAUGGAUUUGAUGAACUUGAUAAAGUGAAAGUAAUAAUGGCAACAAACAGAGCUGAUGUUCUUGACCCUGCACUUCUUCGACCUGGUAGAAUCGAUAAGAAGAUAGAGGUUCCUUUGCCUAAUGGAGAUUCUAGAAUGAGAAUACUCAAGAUUCAUGCUUCUGCUAUAACUAAACGUGGAGAAAUUGAUUACGAUAAGAUUGUGAAAUUAUCUGAGGGAUUCAAUGCCAAUGGAGCAGAUAUGCGUAACAUAUGUACUGAAGCAGGGAUGUUAGCUCUACGUGCAGAGCGCGAUUACGUUGUCCCGAAUGAUUUCAUCAAGGCUGUAACAAAACUAGGCGAAGCAAAGAAACUUGAAUCCAGGCACAUUACUGUUGCUGAUUUUGGGGAAGAAUAA